UUUUGUUGCAAAUGCAAUCCGCGAAGGCAUCUCUAGUCUUGAAAUUUAUAAUUCAUGCUUCACGAAUAAUUCUUCAGAGUGGUCAUUGGGAUUUUGUCGAGGCAUUAUAGGAGUGGAUAAUCCUGUAUUUAACUUGGAGACUGCAAGUGCAUUGAAAGCCUCUUCUUCGCUUGAUUUGUCAGAUAGACGUAUCAACAAUCUUCCUAAGGCUUUUUCUCCCGCUGUUAUGCCAUUACUAUCACAUAUAAAUCUCAAAGGAAACUUUCUGGAUGGGGUUGCUCCUGAUGAUUUGUUAGAUCUUUUAAGGGGAUUCACUUGUUUACAGGAAUUGGAGGUGGACAUUCCGGGUCCACUCGGCAGCAGUGCAUUGCGGAUUAUUGAAUCUCUUCCUGGAUUAUCUUCAUUAAAUGACAUCAAUGCAUCAAGCAUCCUGGACAGUGGAAAGCUUGUUGUUGAUUCUGCUCUUAAACCGCGUCUGCCUGAUUUGACUUCUGCUCAAACCCUAGUUGAUAGGGUUAUUAGUGCAAUGUGGUUAUAUUUGAUGACGUAUAGACUUGCUAAUGAGGAAAAGAUCGAUGAAACUUCUGUUUGGUAUGUUAUGGAUGAAUUAGGUUCAGCCUUACGACAUAGUGAGAUGGCAAACUUCAGAGUAGCACCUUUUCUUUUCAUGCCAGACGGAAAGCUUGAAUCGGCUAUAAGCUAUUCAGUGUUGUGGCCAACUCGAGAUGUCAAUUAUGGGGAUGAAUGUACUCGUGAUUUCUUGUUUGGCAUUGGAGAGGAAAAACAACGUUCUGCUAGACUUACAGCAUGGUUCCAUACGCCUGAUGGUUAUUUUAUUCAGGAGUUCAAAAAUUACAAACAACAACUUGAAUCAAAAGGACAUUGUCCUACUAAUAAAGAGCCUCCUAUAACCAAAGGUAUACUUCCAAGUAGCGGGCAUCCUCUCUAUGUAUAUACAGACAUAAUACAAGUAGAAGAAUUUUUAAGCCGCCCAGAGUUUAUUCUAACAACGGAUCCAAAGGAAGCUGACAUCAUCUGGGCCAGUAUGCAAGUUGAUGAAGAUGUGAGAAAGGCGUUGGGUCUUACAGAUAGGCAGUAUAUAAAUCAAUUCCCUUUUGAAGCUUGCCUGGUGAUGAAACAUCACCUAGCUGAGACUAUUCAUGAGGCGCAUGGUUCUCCUAAAUGGCUUCAGCCUACAUAUAACUUAGAGACGCAACUUUCUCAACUCGUAGGAGAUUACCUUAUGAGGAAACAGGCUGGCCAUGACAACUUGUGGAUUUUAAAACCGUGGAACAUGGCAAGGACGAUAGACACUACCGUUACUGAUGAUAUAUCUGCAAUCAUCCGUCUCAUUGAGACUGGCCCAAAAAUAUGCCAAAAGUAUAUCGAACGCCCGACGUUGUUCAAGGGAAGAAAAUUUGACCUUCGCUACAUAGUCUUGGUUCGCAGCAUGAAACCUAUAGAAAUUUUUCUUGCUGAUGUUUUCUGGGUUAGGCUGGCUAAUAAUCAGUUCACUUUGGAAAAGAGCAGCCUUUUUGAUUAUGAAACGCAUUUCACAGUGAUGAAUUACAUAGGAAGACUAAAUCACAUGAACACGCCAGAAUUUGUUCAAGAGUUUGAAGAGGAACAUCAAGUGAAAUGGUUGGAUAUCCAUGAAAGCAUAAGGAACAUGAUCAGGUCUGUGUUUGAUUCAGCCGCUACAGUACAUCCUGAGAUGCAUUCAUCUUUUUCGAGGGCUAUGUAUGGGGUUGAUGUCAUGUUGGACUGUGGGUUCAUGCCAAAGAUUUUAGAGGUGACAUAUUGCCCUGAUUGCAGCAGGGCAUGCAAGUAUGAUACUGAAGCUAUUGUUGGACAGCAGAGAGUCAUGAAAGGUAAUGACUUCUUCAAUAUUGUUUUUGGCUGCCUUUUUCUUGAUGAAAUGAAUCAUGUAACGCCUUUGUAACUGUUUUGAUAUUGAG